AUGUCGAGUCCUCGUCCCAGUGAGGAGAAGCCCGAGGGCCUCUCCAAGUACAUCCAGAGGAUGAGAACGGUGCUGCGCAGAGGCUCCAGCUCGAAGCGGGCCUCUGUUUCCAGUAUCGGCGAAGUCCUCGGAGGCGAAUCGAGCAAGUCUGCAGCUGCCAAGACAGCUGCCCCCGCCCAGCAGAAGAAUACGACUCCUGCUGAGAAGACUACUGCGCCGGGCCAUUGGAGCUCCAUGCAACAGGAGAAGGCGCGCGCUCUGUUCGCCAAGUAUGGACUCACCCUGGAGCCCGAAGAGUGGAUAUCGUCUCGCAACUUGAACGUCGAACGCGUCGAGAAACCGAUUCGCAUGAGGGUUCGUCGCACCUGUCACCGCUGCCAGACCACUUUUGGCCCCGACAAGGUCUGUGUCAACUGCCAGCAUGUGCGCUGCAAGAAGUGCGCUCGUUAUCCUCCCGCCAAGUCCAAAGAACAGAAGGAGCAGAAGGAGGCGAAGACGAAGGUCGCAGCCGCCGCUGCAGCGAAACAGGAGGCUCGUCCGAAGCAGCAGAAGACCAAGCUGCCUGUGCUUACGAUUCCCUCCCGCACCGGUGGUCAGGAUCUGGUCCGCAAACCGAUCAAGCAGAGGGUCCGCCGUUACUGUCACAGGUGCAACAAUCUCUUCAUUGGAGGAGCAACGGAGUGUACCCAGUGCAAGCAUAUUCGUUGCAAGAAGUGUCCUCGCGAUCCGCCUAAACUUAAGAAAUACCCAGACGGAUAUCCGGGUGACGCGGAACCUCCGUUCGAACCACAGCCACGCGUUUGGAAGAAACCCAGACGCAGGGUUAAAUGGCACUGCGGCAAAUGUUCGACAGUAUACCAGCAUGGCCAAAGUGUUUGUUUGAACUGUGGCAAUGAGAAAGGACCCGACACUAUAAGGGAACCGCCGAAGAAAAUUAAACCGGAACCAGACCCUGAAGUGGUGAGGCGUGUCGAAGAGAGGCUAGCGCAACUGAGUCUCAAGACUUGA